GGAGACAGACUCUCGUGGAGGACGGCCGCCAGUGCCACUGGAGCUUCUCAGGGACUAUCAACACGGAGUGCAGCCGACGACAGAGCUAAGAGCUGGGGGAAUGAGCGCCGCUAGAAUCCGCUCCCAUCCUCCUCUACCAAGGCUCCUAUCCGCCUGACAACCAUCGGAACAAAAUCUUCACAGAACCAGCUCUCAUACGAGUCCAAUAUCGGGUGUGAGUGACUGCUUGCAAUCAUGGAGCUGAGAGUGGGGAACAAGUAUCGGCUUGGACGGAAGAUAGGUAGUGGUUCCUUUGGAGACAUUUACCUUGGUGCUAACAUUGCCACUGGUGAAGAAGUAGCCAUCAAACUUGAGUGUGUGAAGACCAAACACCCACAGUUACAUAUUGAGAGCAAGUUCUACAAGAUGAUGCAAGGAGGAGUGGGCAUUCCAUCAAUAAAGUGGUGCGGUGCAGAGGGAGACUACAACGUGAUGGUGAUGGAGCUUCUUGGUCCCAGUCUCGAGGAUCUUUUCAACUUCUGCUCGCGCAAGUUCAGCCUCAAGACUGUCCUGCUUUUGGCAGACCAAAUGAUAAGUCGUAUUGAGUACAUCCACUCCAAGAAUUUCAUUCACCGUGAUGUGAAGCCAGACAACUUCUUGAUGGGGCUCGGCAAGAAGGGUAAUCUUGUGUACAUCAUCGACUUUGGGCUGGCCAAAAAGUACCGUGACGCCCGCACACACCAGCACAUCCCCUACAGGGAGAACAAGAACCUGACGGGCACAGCGCGAUACGCGUCUAUCAACACGCAUCUUGGAAUUGAACAGUCCAGACGUGAUGACCUGGAGUCCCUUGGCUAUGUCCUCAUGUACUUCAACCUCGGGUCUUUACCCUGGCAAGGCCUUAAGGCUGCUACUAAAAGACAGAAGUAUGAACGAAUCAGUGAGAAGAAAAUGUCAACACCAAUUGAAGUUCUUUGCAAAGGAUACCCGUCUGAGUUCUCCACAUACCUGAACUUCUGCCGAUCACUCCGAUUUGAUGACAAGCCAGAUUAUUCCUACCUGCGACAGCUCUUCAGAAAUCUCUUCCACCGGCAGGGCUUCUCUUAUGAUUAUGUCUUUGACUGGAAUAUGCUCAAGUUUGGUGCCACUCGAACAACUGAAGAUGGGGAUCGGGAGAGGAGGACUGGAGACGAGAGGGACGAUCGGAUUGGUGUUGCACCCAGGGGUUCUGCAACACGAGGCCUCCCCCCAGGUCCCAACCCUGGGCCUGCCAGCCGAGUCAGAAAUGGACCAGAGCAAGCGGUCUCUAACCCUGCCUCACGGGUCCAGCAAUCUGGAAACACAUCACCUCGUGCCAUCUCUCGUGCAGAGAGGGAGAGGAAGGUGAGCAUGCGGCUCCAUCGCGGGGCUCCCGCUAACGUCUCGUCCUCUGACCUCACAGCCCGUCACGACCAAUCCAGGAUUUCUACGUCACAGGUCAGUGUGCCAUUUGAGCACAUGGGGAAGUAGAUCUCUUUGGCUCUGCAUGCACAUGAAAUUGACAGGGCUUCAAGGUAUUUUUGUCGCUCUGGGUUGCUCCUUCAUUUUUACUUUGUCUGAUGAAAAGAUUGAUGCCAACGGACACAUGGGUCUUUGGGAGAAGUACAGCAAAUCCCAACCGCAUCCAGAGAUUUUUAUCAUACCCAGCAUCCAGUCUUUUAUGGACCCUCUCUGUGAAUCCCUGGAUCAUCACCACAUCAAUGCAAAAAGCAAACAAGUGACAGUACUACAUUAUUUUUACCCCAUGGUUGAUUGGCUCCCUCGCCCCUCCUCCUAAAAGCAUUCCCCUAACAAGCUUCUGUCUGAGGAAUAGGAGGAACUGUUGGGUAAAAAGGAUGUGAACUUUCAAAGAUCAACUCCCUUUUUUAAGUGUAGUCUUAGUAGAAAUGUAGCCUCUUGUUUAAACACACCUUUUUGGUAAAUGACGGAAAAGGGCUGUUGGAGAGGGUAGUGAUUUGAAAGACAGAUAAGAUUAAAAUGGUUCAGAAGGUUGUUUUUUUUUUUUUUUCUGGUGAACUGCUUCAAGCCCUUCAUCCAUUGUGAUUUACUGUCCCUCAAAUCUCAGCAACAAAAAGCAGUACACAUUUCUUUGCCUGUUAUGACUUGUUUAUGUGUGUGUGUUCUAUUUUCUGUAAUCCAAGUUGUUAAGGUAGUUGUGUCAACAACACACUCCCAAGUCCUAAGGCGAGGUCCUCAGGAAAAUGACCAUUGUAUUUGACCAGACUCCAUUACAUGCCAGAAUGGCUGCAAAUGUUUGAAUUUUUAAUGUUAAAUGUUACUUUAAAAAAAAAAAAAUCAUAGGGGAGUUGGCUGACUCCAUUAGGGAUGACUUUUAGGGGGAUUUUCUUUUCUUUUUUUUCUUUUUUUAACGUUUACAUCACUGUAAAUAUUUUUUAAAUUUUUUGAUGUAAAGCCAAAAUGUGUUUUCUGUUUUAAGAUGUAAAGUAGGAAAAACACAAACUAAUGACUUAAAUUUGGGAGGGGUUAUGAAUUUUAAAUAUUUAAAGUACUACGUUUUGGACAUCAAUGUUGCUCUGCCAGCUGGGUCAUAAAAGUGUGUUUGUGUGUGUGUGUGUGUGUGUGCGCGCGCAUGUGUGCGCGCCCGCGCAUGCGUGCGCAUGUGUACAAGGAUUUGGAGUAUAAGAGUGUGUCUGUGACAGUGUAAAUCCCUGAUAAGAGUGCAAAGUUCAUUUUGUGUGUUUGGAGACUUCUCUCUCAGCUAUUUAAGUUAAAAUACUUUGAUCAUAUUUGUUAUUUACCUUCCUGUCAGUCACUAGAUGUAACUUCAGCUAUGUCUUAGUUUCCUUCAAAUCCUCUCACAGGGCUUUCUACAUCCCUCCCCCCUUCAGAAAUAUGUCUACCUUGAUGUCACUUUUUAAUUUUUUUUAUUUUUUAUUUUUUUUAGUUUUAAACCUCCUGUGACCUUAAUGAUGUCAUACUGAUCAACCUAACUGACUCAAUUGCAGGGAUGUGUAAAUAGCUUGGUACUGCGUGUAAUUACCUUUGUACAGGCCACCAUGACCCAGUGGCAUUGUGACUGUUGUAUAUGUGCGAGUGUGUUGGGGGGGUAUUAUAUAGGUUAAGGUGACAGAAUUUCACUUCAUGUAUUGUGUACUGAUAUCUUGUACAGUUCUUUAACACUUUAUUUACAACAGUAUUUGUGUAUAUUUUAUGAAGUAAUAAAACUGAAUCUCACA